CGCUGUUGAUGGAAUAGUAUCUAUCCACGCACUUCUGCACUUUACUAUUUUCCUUUUCCCCCAUCCGAGCCUUUCUUCUCUCUUUACCAAUCUCAUUCAGUAGUCCAGACAGCUUGUCAAUAAUCAACUCUCCAAGUAUACCAGUAACACGAUACAACACAGCACACGACAGCACCAACACUAGCACUAUGCCUGAAGUCAAGAAGAACCCAACCGUCGUCGAGGAUGAUCUUGAUGAUGACUUUUUGGAUGGCGCCCUGGAUGGCUUCACCUCCGCAAAGCCCGCCACACCUGUCAAGCCAACUACGACCCAAAAGGCCGGCGGUGUGGCAUCAACCUCUUCUUCUACAUCGCCUAAGGCUGAACGGACACCAGAAUCGCUCUUGCUCAGUCCAGAGGAUCUUCCUGACGACGAUGACGACGAUGCCCUGGGUGGACUCGAUGCGGAGUUCUCGAAACAACUCGCCUCGGGCAUGGAGGAGCUGAUGAAGGAGAUGAACGGCAACCCCGAGCUGCAAAAGUCGUUUGAGGAAAUGUUCAAGGGGCUGGAUGUCAAUGGCAAGGCACCUGUAACAGGACCCUCAGCAGCAGCAGCACCAUCAUCAUCAAGUGCAGGAGCCGCCAGCUUCCAGGACAGGAUCGCAAAGACCAUGGAUAAGUUGAAGGACAGUUCGGAACAGGUUGAAGCCCAGGUUGCAGAGGAAUCCGAGGAAGCAUUAAUGGCCGAGAUGAUGAAGCAGAUGGAGGGCAUGGCUGAGGGUGGCGAUUUCCAGAACGUGCUCGAGGGCAUGAUGGAGCAGUUGAUGUCCAAGGAUAUCCUCUACGAGCCCAUGUUGGAUUUGAAGCAGAAGUAUCCUCAAUGGUUGAAGGACAACAAGGACAAGAUUUCGGCCGAUGAAUACGCCCGGUACGAGAAGCAAUACGGCUAUGUCAAGGAUAUCGUCGAUUUCUUUGACCGCCCUGACUUUGACGACAAGAGCGACUCUCAGGCCAAGAGCGUCAUUGAGCUCAUGCAAGGUAUGCAAGAUUGCGGUCAGCCUCCUGCCGAUAUCUUGGAGGAACUUGCACCUGGCAUGGAAGUGGGCACUGACGGUGUCCCUAAAAUGCCAGAUAUGCCAGAGUGCAAUAUGCAGUAAUGGCUGUGUUCGUCAUUCUAUCCCUUCCAUGGUAUUCCUCCGAUCUUUAAGCACAGCUCUGGUCUGCGCUGCUCUCUACCUUGCUCUGCUCUGCACUUCCCUGCCUCGCUUUCUCCCACCUCACCUUCUUUUCUCUUUCAUAUUUCUCCCACUCCGGCGAAAAGAUUAUAACAGAACAUUUGACUAUAAUCAUCGUUAUUCAUCGUCUCCAGCUACACGUAAAAUUAAAAAGGUCAAAUGACACGAAUGGCACGGACGUCUGUGGAAUGCAACUCCAACUGAAAAAGCUAAGAGUUGCCAAGUUGGCGCGUGCAAUUGCAAAUUUGUGGAGAAAAUAAUCAAGC